GUGUGUGUAGUUUUUAUCCCUCCCAUAGUUGAUUUUUAUUAAUUUACUGUAGUAAUGCAUUCUUAGGGUGUGUGUGGAUGAGGCAAGAGUCCACAGGACUGAGGAAAGGUGUGUUAUAGAACUAAGCACUAGUCCACACUUAUUCAUUCUAACACUGGAAAUAAGAGAAAGUAAUUCUUGAAGGAAUAUUCAUUCUCUUUUUUACUAUCUAUCUCAAAGUGCCCUGAAGCUGCUAGAGACGUUUGCCCUGAGGAGGAAGAAACCCAGCACACAAGGAACUGUGUUUGGCCUAGCCGUCUAGGAUGAAGUGGAACCUGUUCAAGAAAAAGCCUGAAGCCAUGGUCGGACCUGAGCCCACCGGGGCUGCUGUCUUAACUGUGGCCCCUGGCCCCGUGGCCUCCACCGCAGCUGACAAUUCCACAGAGGCUGUCAAGAACGGCGACUUCGAUGACAUCAAGAAUAAGUUCCUCAAUGAGAUCGACAAGAUCCCACUGCCCUCAUGGGCCAUCAUCGCCAUCGCUGUGGUAGCUGCUACCCUGAUUCUCACCUGCUGCUUCUGCAUCGUUAAGAAGUGCUGUUGCAAGAAGAAGAAGAACAAGGGCAAGAAAGGGAAGGGUGAAAUGGGCAUGAAGAACAUGAAAGGAGGAGAGAAACAGGACGAUGAUGAUUAUGAUGAAGAUGAUGCUGAGACUGGUAUGACUGGAGACGAGAAAGAGGAAGAGGUGAAGGAGAAAGAAAAGCUCGGGAAGCUUCAGUACUCCAUAGAUUACGACUUCCAGGACAACAAGCUCACAGUGGGCCUCCUCCAAGCAGCUGAUCUCCUCUCCAUGGACAGCGGUGGCACCUCUGACCCCUAUGUCAAGGUCUACGUCCUCCCAGACAAGAAGAAGCAUUUUACCACCAAGGUGCACAAGAAGACGCUGAACCCUACCUUCAAUGAGACCUUCAUCUUCAAGAUUCCAUUCCAAGAGAUGGGUGGCAAGACUUUGGUCAUGCAGGUCUUUGACUUUGACCGCUUCUCUAAGCAUGACGUCAUCGGAGAGGUGAAACUACCCUUGCACAAACUGGACCUGGCCCAGCCGUUGGAGGAAUGGAGGGACCUGGACAGUGCAGAGAAAGAAGAGCAAGAGAAGCUGGGAGAUAUCUGCAUAUCUCUGCGCUAUGUGCCCACUGCCGGGAAACUCACCAUUUGCAUCCUGGAGGCCAAGAACCUCAAGAAGAUGGACGUGGGAGGACUGUCAGAUCCCUAUGUGAAAAUCAACUUGAUGCAGAACGGCAAGCGUCUGAAGAAGAAGAAGACCACGGUGAAGAAGAACACUCUGAAUCCAUACUACAACGAGUCCUUCAGCUUUGAGAUCCCUAUUGAGCAGAUGCAGAAAAUCCAAGCUGUGGUCACAGUGCUGGAUUAUGACAAGAUCGGUAAAAAUGAUGCCAUCGGGAAGAUCUGGGUGGGCAGCAAGGCGACGGGCACCCAGCUGAAGCACUGGUCUGACAUGCUGGCCAACCCUCGCCGCCCCAUCGCUCAGUGGCAUCCACUGCAGCCCGAGGAGGAGAUUGACGCUUCGCUGGCAGCCCUGAAUGCCAAGAAGUAAACCUCCUCUACCCACAAACACCCACACCCAAACCUACCCAUCCUCCUCACCCCUGGUCCUACACAUCUCCCAAUACUACAUUCCAAACCAACACACCAACCAAUUCUACACCCUUCACCACAAAAUAUACUUACUUAUAUCCUAAUUGACAUGAUGAAAAAAGUAUAGAAAAGAAAAACAUUAUAUUCCCCCUCAGAUGUGCCAUUCCACAAGGAGACAGUGAGAUGUUACAAGACAGAUUACUCAUUUGAUUUAAUUUUAAACAUAUAUUUGUAUUGGGGUUGCAGUAUUGGGGUUGCAGUAACAUUUUAUCAUGAAGAUAGGAGCCUAGCGUGUGAAAACAGGAGUCCAAUGUGAUGGAGGAUUAGGAAAGUAAAACCAUGUAUUCACACAUUCUGUACCUUUUCACCCCCUCCACUUAGAGACUAUGUUUGCUUCAAUACUGCUUAAUACUUAAAAUGCUUUAUACUGCCAUGUAAUAGAGGAAAAACACAAGCAGGUUAAUUCCUUAGGUGUAUUGUUGCACCAUGCUCCACACCUGCCAGUUACUUACUUACUUACUUACUACAUACUAGAUUAUAUUAGUUUGAACUACAUUCCUAGAGUUGGGUAAAGAGUAGGGAUAGACAAUAUCCAGUUACCCCACACUGUUAACACACUGCCUUUUUGAUUAUUAGCUCAUCUGCUCACCCAUAUUCUCAGGUACACUGAGAGAAAACGGAAACUUCAUGCCUUUCUUUCUAAACGGGUUGUUAUUCAAAAUGCUCCGCAACAUGAUUUGAAAACCUCUGUCUGGUGCUGGAUUGGUUUCUUGUUCCAUGAUCUGAGACUAGUCUAAGUUAAUCACUGAAAUGAAACAGGAGAUAGUCUCUCUAGAGUGUCUCUCAAUAACACAGUUUGUGGCUGUCAAUCAACAGAGUUGAGAUGUGAAACAUGUUUAGGAUAAAGGGACUAUGAGCCACUGUAAGUGUCUAGCAUGGCCUCUGCUGGGAAAGAAUGCGAGAGAGAGAAUAUCUAUGUGGAAACUCAAAGGACUGAAUGGGACCCUGGUAGACACAAUGUUGUUUGUCAGGUGUCUAUUCUACUGCCUGCAAUCUACCAUCUUCCCCUCCAAUGCCUCUACUAUCUACGAUCUAUCUCCCUGUUCAGUGCUACUGCCAUUAGUCAUGGACUCACAACAAGGAUUUCACUUCUUCAAAGGAAUCCCUGUAUCCGUCGUACAGUCAUAAAGGAGACAAGCCUUCCAAGAAAUGAAAUAAGCAAUUCUCAACUACCAGGGACGCCUUCCAAAUAGCUGUGUUGUUUUUUACUUACCCUUUUCUUUUUAACUUCAAACACUUUUAUUCCUCAAGCACUUUAAAAUGUUCUGUUCUUAUUAUUCUACUCUGAAAACCAGAGUUUAACUAUUUAUUUUAUGAUGAAUAAUUCCUGGUUUAAAAAAAUAAGAGCAAGAGAGGGAAUUUGAGUGAAUCAUUAUUUUUGUUGUUUUGUUUGAUCAUUUGUAACUUUGCCUGUCUUGUGAAUAUACUUUGAUUGUUCUGAGAACAUUUUUCUUAAGUUUGAUUGAAAGGAUAAGGUCUGGAAGGAGGUACUGUUAUGUGUAUGUUAUACACAGAUUACCAAACUGCUGAAUCCACUUGCACUAUAAUGGAUAUCACUCUGUUACGUGGUUAUAGACGUUGUUCUUCGAUCUAUGUAGUUUUUGUGAUGAGAUGUCGUGAGUUUGAGUUGGUUGUGGCAUGUACAGCCACACAAGUCAGAUCUCAUAUUAGAAAGUCUUCUGAUUGGGAAAGAGACACAUUUCAAUCAAAUGCUGCUCCUCAGAUCCUUCACUGAAUGAGUGAUUUUUACAUUUGGACUUUCUCUUGAGAUACAUUUGAUUAUAAAACUGGUCAUAUGACUGAAUGAAAUUUACAAUUUGCUUACCCUCUUAAACAUGUAAAAGUCCUAGCAAAAUAUAAUUAGACAAUAGAGCCACACUGGUAAUUUGAUGGAACAUGAACUGUCCCUGUGCACCAUCUUGUUCAAAACAACAAAAUGGUACUAAGCAAAGCAAUUAUGUAUUUUAAUGAUGAUGAAAAACGACUUGAUUGUGUUAAAUAACAAGCAAAGGAAUUUAAUGUUUUAACAGUUUGAGAACAUUUUAUACUGUAAGUCUUUGGGAAUUACAGUAGUGAUUGUUGGUUCAUUUAUUACUUUUCUCUAUUGGAUGACCAUAUCUUUAUUUAUAUGUCCAGUAGGGGUCAGAUUAGUUAUGUUUUACAUUUAGUUUCUUCUGUAUGUUCAAAAAGCAACACUAAAGAAAAGACAACAUGCAAGCAAUCAAACAACCCAUCGGUGUGUAGUUUUGCUUAUAUACAUAGUUCGUACAUGUUGAUUCUGCAUGUUUCUACAAAAUACUGUACAUAAGAGCAUGUUUUAGAGAUAAAGCAAUUAUAUCUUGUGUACGUAUGUGGGUGUCAUUUGUCAUUUUAAUACUGUAACACAAUGGAGGAAAAAAGAUGCACAGUAUAUUUUCUAAAUGAAACAAAUGUGUAUUAUUUUCCAUGAAUGGGUUAUUGGAGAGAAUGUCAUAAUAUAUUAGAAAUACGAUCCUGUCCACGCCUGAACUUUUAAGCAAGUGUGUUGUCAAGUACUGUGGGUGAGUUCAUGUAGGAUGAAAACGUAGCAGCAUGCUUGCUAUCUAACUCCUUGUGAUACUUUUAAUUUGGAUUAAUCAUAAUUUAUUUAAAAUUGAUUGAUUUAUGUAUGUAUUUAUUUAUUUAUUCAUACAAUGUUUUAUUUUGUGAUUAUUUAAGCAUAUUCUUGUCUUGAUGACAAAUAUCAAACAUUUAGGGGGCUCACAGUUCAAGAAUUACAUCUAUUCCAAAGUGGAACUCUCCAAUUAUAAGUGCCAAUGCUGAAAUGAGACAGAACUGAAUCCACACACCUCCACACUGUGGACAAAAAGCCCCCUACUGUACAUUCUUUUGCUUUUUUUUUUUUUAUAUUUAUUUCCUUUACAUUGGUUUAAUGACCUGACACCCUUUGCAAUUAUGGAUAUUUUACAGUGUUUAUUAAACAAAUAUGUGUAUGUGUAUACAGAUAGUUGAAUUAGAUAAAAACUAAAGCCAUAAGACAUAAGCACUAACUCUUUAGAGCUCUGCUGUGUAACUAGAGUUAUUGAUGUGUCAAAAAAACACUUCUCUAUAUUCCUAGGUCAGUGUUUCUCUUCUUCAUUCUGUUCCGAACUCUGCACUCAUCUAGAUUCUAGAAGGCAAAACACUGAGCACUGAGAGCAGUUGUGAAUUUAGUAGAGGGGAUGUGAUUUUGUUUUCUACUAUGAAGUUGUUGAAGUUGUCUUUAUUUUAUAAAUGUAGUAGCAGAUUUUUUCCUGUGAUGUAAUUUGUAUAUGCCUUGUUUUGAUAGUAUGAAUCAUGGGUCAUGGUCUUCUUAUAUCAAAAGAUGUCAUCAAAAAUACUCAAAGAAGGCAUGCAGAACAUUUACAUUAUCGAACUGUGAGUGUCAGGCUGGCCUGUCGGUGAUCCUUGGGCUGAGUGCAAUUCAUUUAGGACCCUGACUUCGGUGUAUGGACCCCUCUAUAGGAACUAUGCUGUCACGAAAUAGCUGUGUUUUCAUCUGCAGUGGCUUUACAGACAUGACUUAUAAAUAUGAAAUAAUAUUGUGAUAUGGCAUACAAUCUAGAUCUAACUUGUAACAAUGCCAAGCCUCAGCAUUAUUGUUUGAUCAACAUAUGUUGCAUUCAUGGUAAACAGUAAAGUUAAGGUAAAUAAUCUACAGCAUAAUCUUAGCCACUUUGAUGGAAACUAGCUGUGUCAUGUCGACAUGUCCUCUAAUGGCAACACUAUUUAAAUAAUAAUAGUGUUGUCUGAUGUCACAUUCAACAUGUUUGCAACAAUUUAAUAGCGGGAUCAUUGAUGUUGCUUCUUCACUCAAUGUUACAAUCAAUCCUGUUGAACUGUGACCGAACCGAUGCACAUAGAACAUGAAUCCAAUUGAAGAUUUCAGUGUCUUUCUAAAAUACUGCCAGUAUAUCCAUCUAUAUUUACAAUUCCAUGAAAAUCAUCAUCAGUAAUCUGUUUGAAUCUAUUUCAGAGACAAAAUAAUUCCACUGAUGCGGAUACAGAUUAGAUGAUAAGAUAACUUUCAUUAAAGGUUAAUAUACAGCACAUUUUUCUCAAAAAGAUUGUUUAAACACGUUUUACACUGCCACGGUCAUUGCAAUCAAGACCACCAGCUGGACAGUUACAGUGCCUUGCAAAAGUAUUCACCCCCCUUGGCGUUUUUCCUAUUUUGUUGGAUUACAACCUG